AGUUUAAUUACAAACACAAUAAGCAGUGGACUCGGUUAAUUAAAAAUGGCGCCGAAGAAAAAGGAUAAAAAUAAAAGUACAGUCGGCGAGACAAGUGGGACGGCACCGAAAAAAUGUAAUAUACUUUGUUGGAUCCUUGUGCCUGUUUUUGUUGUAUUCUUGGCUGUAGUUUCAUACAAAUGCUACCAAACACUCACAAGGGUUCCUGACAUGCCAGAAGUUGAGUUGCACAAAUGGUGGGGAGCGAGUGGGAGUAAAGCGGACCUCUCGAUAAGACCGUAUAGGAUUGUAUUUUCCGAUUCUAUGCAAGAGAAUAUCCGCAGAAAAUUCGAGAACUACCGCAGCAUGACUAAAGUGAAGAGUCUGAACGAAACAUCGAGCUACGGUCUGAACUCGGAUGCGGUAGCCCAGAUUUUCGCCCACUGGCAGUUCAAGUACAAAUAUAGGGAGCGUGUUCGAUAUUUGAAUAAAUUUGACCAUUUCAAGACCAAUAUCCAGGGAUUGGAUAUACAUUUUGUGCACGUGAAACCUAAAGCUGGACCAAAUGUUAAGGUGGUCCCGAUACUUCUGUUACACGGCUGGCCGACCUCAGUGCGAGAGUUUUACGAAAUAAUUCCCAAGUUGACGACUGAGAACUCAAGGUACGAUUUCGUGUUCGAAGUCAUCGCUCCCAGCUUACCAGGAUUCAUUUACUCUCAGGCCCCAGUUAGACCUGGUUUGAGUGGUUACGAGAUGGCUGUAGUAAUAAGAAACCUGAUGGUGCGUCUCGGAUUCAAGAAGUUCUAUGUCCACGGUGGUGACAUAGGCCACAUUAUCGGAAGCCACUUAGCUACCAUCUUCCCCGACCAAGUUCUUGGCUUCCAUACCACUUUUCCAAUAAACUUUGACAAGUUCGCCCAAAUGGCGUGGGCUGCGGGCGAAAUAUGGCAGAAUGUUGGAAAUAACAGGCAGCCUUUUAGUAAUAAAUUGGCAAACUUUUUAGAAGAGACUGGCUACCUGCACCUUCAGUCUACGAAACCUGAUACUAUAGGUACGGUUCUCCAAGACUCACCAAUGGGUCUCGCAACGUACAUCAUAGACCGUAUCUUCGCCUUCACGGAUCCCAUCACCAAGGACCUACCUGACGUGGGCCUCUCCACCUUCAACGCCACGGAUCUGAUAGACAACGUCAUGCUGUACUGGAGCACCGGCAGCAUCACCACGUCGCUACGGCUAUUCAAGGAGAACAUCAUGAAUUGCGAGAUUGAACAUACUUUUGCCAGUAUUCCCACAAGUGUCCCUACUUGGGGUCUUCGGACGAACAACGCUCUCGUCCAUCAAUCCGAUACAAUUCUGCAGUGGAAGUUCCAGAACUUUGUUGGAGCGACUAAUCUUGAUGUUGGCGGACAUUUUCCGGCUUUGGAAAUACCUGACCAAGUUGCCGAUGAUAUUUUCAAAGCAGUUCAAAGUUUUCUAAGUUUGUCUAAGCAGAAAUAAACUAAGAAGUAUAUUA